AGGCAGACACAGGGAAAACAUACGAAGUAAAUGUUGAAACCAAAGCACAAAAAUCAGGCGAAUGUUCAAAUCCUGUUACUAACAUAAACGAUUCCGACAUGGAAAAAGUUGAACAAAUUCUUUAUCUUCUUGAUAAAUUCUGUGUCAGUGAUGAAUUUUACCACGAAUUUAGCAUGAUUGAAAAUGGUCUUCCAAGAUCUUAUCUGAUUAAACAAUGCAGAAAUGAUCUGGACAAACUUUGUCAUGUGACACCUACUCCUGGAACAAAUGAAGGUGCACAAGUAUCAUUUGAAUCACUUCUCUUGCAGCAAAUUUCAGCUUUUAAAAAGGAAAAUCCAGAGUUUGAUUUUGGCAAUGAAACACUAAAAAUAAAAAUCAGUGGGGAUGGAGCUAAAAUGACACAGAAAUCUAAUUACAUUCUUCUCUCUUGUGCACUACUCCAGAAACAAGACGAAGUUAUGUCUGCCAAAGGAAAUCAUACCAUUGCAGUAGUCAAUGGUAGUGAAAAGUAUGAAACACUACAGGUAUCUUUCAAGACUACAUUUUCAGAAAUAAAUUCUCUGAUUGACAAAGGCACUAUUAGUGUUGAUGGUCAAGAAGUUAAGCUUGAGUUUUUCCUAGGAGGGGACUAUAAAUUUCUACUGACAGUCAUGGGACUUAAGGGGGCUACAUCUUUAUAUGCCUGCCUAUGGUGUAAAAUCCAUAAAGACAAAAGGUGGGAAACAGACAAGCAUUUCCAUCACUUUAAUUCACCACCAAUGAUGAGAACACUAUUGGAAAUUAAGGAGCUGGUGAAGAAAGGAAAAGGUGAUUACUGCUGUGUGAAGGAACCACUUUUGAACAUAGACCUUGACCAUGUCAUUGUAGAUGAGUUACACCUGCUGCUACGUGUAAUGGAUGUGAUGCUAGACAACAUUAUCACUGAAGUCAUUGACUGGGAUAAGAUUGAAGAUUUCGAAAAAUCAUCCAAAGAGCCUCAAGGCAUCCAUUUGAAAAAGCUCGUGAGUGAGAUCAGAUCCUAUGGUGUGGGUUUUGAUGUUUGGGAACUCCGAAAUCCAGCUGACAAUAAAGGCACUGGAAAGUAUGAAUUUACAAGUCUGUUUGGAAACGACAAGAAGAAAAUUCUCUCCUUGCUACCAGAAAAUCUCUGUAAAGUGCUGCAGCCAAAUACCUGCACUGAAAUAUCCAAGGUGUGGAGUGAUUUCAGAAGUUUGUAUGAAGACAUAAAUUCCUGGUCCUCAGACAAAUCUGUUGACACUUUUUGGCACAAGGCACAAAACUGGUUGGAGACCUUUAUUUCUCUCAGAGGAAAGAGAAUUGGCUAUGAAAGAAAGAGAAUUACUCCAUAUAUGCAUGUACUUUUUGCUCAUGUCCCUUAUUUCCUCCAUACACAUAAAUCUCUAAAAGUAUUCACUGGUCAAGGAGUUGAGAAAAACAAUGACUCAGCAAGGAAUGUAGUGCUUCGAAAAUCAAACCACUUUGACUCAGUUGGAGAUAUUCUUAGACUUGAAAACAGACAAUGGCUUCUAAGAGAAAGAGAAAGAGCAAGCAGAAAGUACACAAAACACAAUUCUCAAUACUGGGAGCAAGAAAUCAGUGUCAAGCGUGCGGGUAAAAAGAGACAACCUGAAGCAAACAUACCCAACAUGGAAAGCAACAACUCGCCAGACACAUCUACAUCACAAGUUCAGAAUGAACAACCCCAAGCAAGAAAUGGCACAGAUCAUGAAAGGCCGGGAAAUAAAAGAAAAAGGCAUAUAGACGAUGGGGGAAAAGGAAACAGAAAAGGGAAAGGAAAGGGUAAACAAACAAAACAGAAAAAAAAAAGAGUCUAGC